GCAGAACCGCGGGGAGACUCUCCAGGACAGGAUGAAGUUACAAAGUUUAUAUUUUAACCGAACAAACGUGAAAACUGUCCAGGAACCUAACGACCUGUGGCGGGAACAUCAAGAGGUCCUGUAAUCCCUCUGCAACCACUGGGCAGGUGUUUAAAUGUUAGAGAACCGUGAUCAUGCUGCUGAAACUCACGACCCUCCUUCUUGCUUUUGCUCUGAUUUUUUGUCCAGCAAAAAUCUCGGCGGCUGCUUCCUCCAGUAAGGAGUCCAUAGAUGGUGUCACACUGUUGAACAAGGACGCUGAGACGUUACUCAGAGCUAUCAAGGAGUUCAUGCAGAUAACCUCUGAUGAAACGGCCCAACAAGCAGCGGAAGAGGAGAGCUCGGAUAGACCCGUGUCUAAGCGCUGCACUGGCUUAAGCACGUGCGUGUUGGGCAAACUCUCCCAAGAUUUUCACAAACUCCAAACUCAUCAUCGCACUAAUGUGGGAGCGGGGACCCCCGGCAGGAGGAGAAGUCUCUCUGAGUUAUUCGAAAACUACAGCAACUCACGCAGCCUCAAACUUUGAGAUUAACUCCAUCUGUUCUGUCUAUGAGUUAACGUUCGCCUGGUAAUCUGCCUGUGGCUUCACUCCAAACUGCAUGUGGGUCAUGACUGUGCAUGUCUUAACUUUGAAAUAAAACACAAAGCAUAAAAAUGAAAAA